GAAAAUUAUUUUUCGUUCAUUUAAUCAACUUGUGGCAGCAUCUAUUGUAGAUGAAUCUUAUUCGUCGAAUGAGGAUAUAUAUGAUGCUAUUCUUACCACAUUAUUUCCAAUUACUUUUGUCGUUUUACUUAAAGUAAAAGAUGACCCCAAAUCUAGUAAAAAUAUAUUAUUGCCGUUACUAGAUGACAUAUUAUAUAAUAUUAUUGCUUGGGGAAUUCCAUUAAUUGUUUCUUUCGUCUAUGAAGACAUGUUAGCU